AUGCCUCCCAGAGAUGCUGCGGAAAGACGCUCGUUAAGAGCAAGUAAGCGUGUGACUAGAGCGUACGUCCUCCCCAGGCCCAGGAAGCUAUAUGCUAAUGACAACUUGAACGAGCGAACAGUUGCAGAAGAUGCCGUGACCAAAAGAUUAGAUGCACUGGCUCCCACCCAUGCGACCAGUGUAGCAAACGGAAUUCAGCCUGUCAUUUCGAGAGCCUGUCGGAAACGGUUCUGGUCACACGAAGCUACGUUGCAGCAUAGAGUGAACCAACCGGCGGCUUUGGAGUCGACCUCUAAACAGCCUACCAUCGUCCCAUGUGAUAACGCAACAUCAUUGCUAUCAUCAGCCGAGAGCGAAGACCAAGGCCUGCACUUCAGACAUGCUACUACAACGACAUCCAGAAGCCAAGGUGGGGUGGAAGUCAAGGCGCCUCUGACAAAUCCACUAGCUUUUCACAUCACAGACUGGGUCCCAGGCCCUAUGGGAAGACCGGUUUUCAUGGGCACGUCAUCUAGUUGGGCCUUCGCUCGGCGAGUGUUGGGGAUGACCCACGAGAAACUGACAGGGUCGUCGUUGUUUCCCGAUCCAAGCAGUUUGCUUUUUGACGAUCAUGUUUACGAUCUCAAGUGGGAUGGAAACAAAGCCAACUAUCCCCAGGACCUUUUUGAUGUCUCGAACCUUCCAACACCGGAACACGCCAAGUAUCUUAUCAGUUCAGUCAAGUUUCACUGCGGACAGCUUUUCUAUCUAUUUGACGAGGACCGUUUCAUGGAGCAGUUUGCAGCAUUCCAGCGAAAUCCAGCGAAAGAAGCUCGGUCUUCACCUUUGUGGUUUUGUCACUAUCUUCUGAUUCUUGCGUUCGGAAAAAUAUUCGUGGUUCAAUCAACCAGAUCGCGGGUCCCUGUCGGCGCAGAACACUUCAUCCAGGCCAUGCAAUGCAUGCCGGACUUUAACUUCUUUGACGGCGAUCCGAUUGAGAUGAUCCAGGUCAUGUGUUGUGCUGCAUUAUAUCUGCAGUCCAUCCACAGUCGUGGCCCGGCCCAUCGCAUGAUUGGUAGUGCGCUUCGUCAUGCACUCGGAUAUGGCAUGUAUACUGAAAUGCAUGGGAUCUGUCUUAAUCAAGACUAUGUGCAGCGGAGCAGCCUUGUGUGGUGGACUUGCUACGUCCUCGAACGCCGGAUGUCGUCUCUUUUAGGCGUGCCCAUGGGAAUUUCAGAAGAGAGCAUCAGUGCUUCAUUUCCUUCGAUUUCCACACAUAUCCAAGGCUCGAAUGUCCUAGAGAUGCAAGUUAUGUUAUGCCAAAUCCUGGCAAAAGUGGACCUGACUGUAUAUGGCAGCGAAGGAAAGCUCGACAGUCGCUAUCUCAGCGCUACCCAGUCUGUUCUCCGAGACAUUGCCCAUGUCACCGAACAAUUGAAUAACUCAUUCAACCUAUAUACCAAUGGCUCGAUGAGUGGUACUUCGCGAAUAUCGGCACAUUUGUACAUUUUUCAGCAUCAGUGUAUCAUUCUCACGACAAGGCCCCUUUUGUAUAUAUUUCUUCAAUCGAAAUUGGGCUUAUCUGACCCCGCGUUGAUGGACUGGCUUCAAGCUGGGACUGUGAAGGCUCUCCUUCACAUCUGUGUGGAAUCCUCCCAACAGGUUCUAAGAAUCCUGUCAAACCUACUAGAACAAGGCAUCUUGGAAACCUUUCUGCCUUUCGACAUGGAUGCGGCAUCUACAGCAACGAUCUCCCUGUUGCUGGCGGCUGCAAUUGAUCCAUCCCUGCUGCGAGAUCACUCACCUUGGUCACAACGUGCGUACGCCAUUUUGGAUGACAUGAGCGCCCGCGGCAACCUUUCUGCCAGGUUAAUCCGGUCGGAGUUGAAGCAAUUAGAUAGUGAACUUGCUCAGCUGGCGAUGAAGGGGAAUAUGGCAACGGUCGUUUCUGCACACGCCCCUCGUGAAUCGAGAGAGAGGGACAGUCCGGUACCCAUGGUUCCUGUGGUCGAAUCGGGUGAGCAUAGCCAUUCACUGGGGUUGAAAUCCGCAGAAAGCUUUGAGCAACAUUACGAGCUCCGGCCAGAUCAGUUGAUGGAGCUGGCCAACUCCUUAGACCUUAAUAGUCUGACUUGGCCGUUUCCCUCCGUUGAUGAUCUGCCCGACCUGGAUAUCUGA